AUGGACGAGUUUAGUUGUAGUUGGGUUAAAUCAUUGAAGAGGCGGCGAACCUCUGUAUUCUCGGCGACGUUUGCGGUGUUGAUUCUCUUCCUUAUAAUCGUUGCUUUCGCCUCGCCACGGCAACGUUCAGAUGGGUUGUCUUCAAAUGAGUCAAAAAGUGCAUUGGAUGGGAAUGAGCCGAGAAACGAAGGGUUAUUGUCUGCUGCAUCCUCCUCACAUAGGAAGUUGCUGAAGGUUCAGACUGAUAGUGUUCCAUUGGCUGAUGCGGGUGAUUCUAACUUGUCUGCAUGUGGCUGUCACUUUUACCACGCAGCAAACGGAGUGGAAACGCACCGGAUAUGGGGGGACAAGUGUUCCAACUCUGAUAUAGUCAUUAAUCAGGGCCCCACCGCCCCUUUGCCCAGUGGGAUCCCUACUUAUACUGUGGAGAUCAUGAACGUCUGCGUCACCGGCUGUGACAUUUCCGGGAUUCACUUGCACUGCGGCUGGUUCAGCUCGGCUCGGCUCAUUAACCCCCACAUCUUCAAACGGCUUCGCUUUAACGACUGCCUGGUCAAUGACGGCAAGCCCCUCCUUAACGGCCGUACUGUUUCUUUCCAGUAUGCUAACACCUUCCGUUAUCCUCUCUCCGUCUCCGCCGUUAUCUGCUGA